AUGGACUUGAAUUCAGGUUUUGGUGAUAAAAUUGCUCAAAACUUUGAUGCUAAUACAUUGCCUAUGGAUGUUGUGGCUAUAGAAGAUGAUGAUUUGUCUUUGGGAGAAGUUGAUGAUUUGUCUUCGCGUAAAUAUGUAUCUCCAGGUUCUACAACGUAUUGGUUGCCUUGUAUGGUUGAUAGUAAACCUAAUGUUGGAAAAUCAUUUAGGAGUAUAGAUGAGGCUGCGCAUUUUUAUGUUGAUUAUGGUCGUUCUUGUGGAUUUGAUAUUAGGCGUGGUAGUGAGAAGCGAUAUCGAGAUGGACGUAUUCAAUCGAAACGUUUUCACUGUUCACGAGAAGGCUUUUAUUCUAAAAAUGGUGAGAAGAAUGAUGAUGGCUCAUUUUGUUCAAAACAAAAGAGGAAAAGUAUGUUUACUAGAUGUGGAUGUCCUGCUAUGAUUGUGGUGAAACAUACGAAGGGUUCAAUAUAUGAGAUUACUUUGUUUAUUGAACAACAUAAUCAUAGGUUUGCUAGUGCUGAUGGUAAGAAGUUUUUGAAGGCAAACCGGUCAAUGACUGCUGCACAUCAAAAUUUUGCAUUUGAUUGUUCAAAAGUCAGAAUAGGUCCUGCUCGUGCGUUUGGUUUAAUGAAAGAGUUUGUUGGAGGGUAUGACCAGAUUGGGGCAACAGUUGUUGAUUUUAAAAAUUGGAAUAGAGACUUGAAGAACAUAAUUGGGAAUGCAGAUGCACAAGUAAUAUUGAAUAAAUUUCAAUCUUUGAAGGAUUCUUCUAAUGGCAGAUUCUACUAUGAACAUGAUGUGGAUGAGUCUGGAAAAUUGACAAAGUUAUUUUGGGCAGAUUGUGUUGGUCGUAGAAACUAUGAUGUGUUUGGUGAUGUUAUUUCAGUAGAUGUCACAUUUAGUACUAAUAAGUAA